CUUCAAUGGUGGGCGGUUGAUUUUGGCAGAAACGUCACUGUGGGGUUGCUUGCAGGUCUAUCCAAUCAGGUGCUCUUGGACCCCUUCAACCGCUGAUUCAACACCAAGCUCUGGUGAUGGUUUUGUUGUAAUACGACUCAACUCCAGCCCGUCAGGGCACUUCACGAUGGCUUCAUUUCAUUUCGCCCGCCGUCCUGUGCGUACAACAGUAUCCUUCCUCAAGGCUGCCUGUCUCGUGCACCUUGGUAUCACCUACGGCUAUACCAUUAGCCCAGCCCAAGGACCUUCAAUGCUUCCAACAUUCACAGUCGACGGUGAUUGGAUUCUAUGUGAUCAUACGCGUCGCUAUGGUCGCGGUGUUUCUGUUGGUGACUUGGUUGUCUACCGCAUCCCAAUUUUCAACAAUCAGUGGGGAGUGAAACGAGUAACAGGCAUGCCAGGUGACUAUGUCUCUGUUGGAACACCAGGAGAGCAAGGAGAAGAGUUAAUGAUACAGAUUCCCGAAGGUCAUUGCUGGAUUUCAGGAGACAACCUUCCAGCAUCAAGGGAUUCACGACAUUUUGGCCCAUUACCACUAGCUCUCAUCUCUGGCACUACAAUAGCCAAAAUAUUGCCAUGGAACGAACGUCAAUGGAUGAAGAAUGGACUGGAAAAAGUUGAAGAGCUAGACUAAUCACGAGCAAUCUAAUGUAAAUAUGUAUCUCUUAUCUGGGUAUAGAAACUUACA